GUUCCUCCUGUCCAAGACUUCAACUCAUUCUCUCAAUCAUCCAUAUGCGUGGCUCUAAACUUCUCACUUUCCGACUCUCUUCUCUCCCUCUCCCUCUCUCCACCGGCAAAGCCAUUCGACUCCGCCGAGCUCCCGCACGCAAUCUUCAACAACAAUAUGUCAGCAAUAAUACUGAAUGAAACUUUGGUCUGUUACACGCACACAAGCUCCAAGUCUAGAGGCAUCUUCAACGGUGACAAUCCGUUCGAUUUCGCGACACCGGCUAUUCUGAUUCAGCUCUCUCUCUGUUCUUCACUCACUGCCAUCUUGCAUUUUUUUCUUUCCCCGCUCGGUCAAACCACCUUCAAUUCGCAGUUGAUUGCGGGUAUGGUACUGGGGCCAUCAAUUAUGGGAAAAAACAAAAAAUUCAGAGAGUUGAUCUUCCCUGUCCAAAGCUUGUAUGUGAGCGAAACAUUCGCGUGCUUCGGUCUGAUGCUCUUCCUGUUCCUUGUUGGAGUGAAAACAGAUCUAUUCAUCAUACUGAAAGCAGGAAGAAGAGCAGUAUUUAUAGGCAUAUGUACCUUCUUCUUGCCCUUGAUGUUCGACUUGUUUCUCGCUAGGAUACUAAUGCAUCAACUCAACAUGGACAAGAUUUUGCAUAACUCGCUUAUCUUUGUUGCAUCAAUGCAGUCCUUGACUUCUUUCCAUGUCGUCGUCUGCCUCCUUGCGGAUCUAGAGCUACUCAAUUCAGAGCUUGGCAGGCUAGCCGUGUCUUCGUCAACCAUCAGUGGCUUGUGCAGUUGGCUUUUGGCAUCAACCAUCUUUGCCGAGAGGCAAAGCGAGCAAGGAAGGCCCGAUACAUGGCUGUUAGUGACGUAUGCUUUUGCAUUUUUGCUGUUUGUCAUCAUAUGCAUCUUCAGACCUAUAAUGCUCUGGAUGGUUCGAAGAACAGAACACGAAAAAGCAGUCAACCAGAGCUAUAUAUUUGCUAUCUUUCUUAUGGUAUUGGGAUGCUCCUUCUUUGGUGAACUUACCGGGCAGCAUUAUUUGUAUGGACCGAUGAUUUUGGGAAUUGCAGUACCGGAUGGACCACCCAUAGGUUCCGCCCUUGUUAACAAGCUAGAUACAUAUGUUUCGUCAAUUCUCCUCCCAAUCUACUUUGUUGUCACCGGUGUCGACGUUGAGAUCUCUUCUAUACAUCUCAAGAACUUCGGAAUCAUUGAGCUACUGGCUUUUUUCGGAUUCAUGGGGAAAUUAGUGGGAACCAUGCUGCCUUGCCUCUAUUGUAAAAUGCCUGUUGGCGAUGCGCUGGCUCUAGGGCUUGUCUUGAGUGUCCAAGGCAUCACUGAUGUUCUACUUCUGUCGCGAGCAAUGGAGCUUAAUCUCAUCGACAAAGAAUCUUAUAGUAUCAUGGUGAUAUCAAUACUUCUAUUCAGCGGAGCCAUUUCACCGAUUGUGAAAUUUCUCUACAAGCCAUCAAGGAGAUACAUGUCCUACAGGAGGAGGACCAUUGAACACGUCAAACCUAAUUCUGAGCUCCGGAUGCUCGCAUGCAUUUACACUCAAGAUCAUGCUCCAUCCAUCAUUAAUCUCCUCGCAGCCUCAAAUCCAACAUCCAAAAACCCCAUUUGUGUCUACGUUGUUCACCUAGUCGAGCUAGAAUCCAGAGCUGCACCACUCCUCGUGGCUCAUCACCCCGGAAGGAGGAUUCAUAUUCACCUGCAUGAUUCUGAGCACAUAGUAAAUGCUUUCAGGUUAUACGAGCAGCACGACAAUGGCAUGGUAAGGGUGAACCCUUACACAGCCAUCUCGCCUUAUGCAUCAAUGCACGACGAUGUCUGCACACUUGCCCUAGAUAAGGGGGUUUCCAUAGUGAUUGUGCCAUUUCACAUGUUUUUCAGCCUCGACGAAAGCGAAGAGUCAUCUCCUGCCAUCAGAGCUGUGAACCGUAUCAUCCUCAAAAUGGCUCCUUGCUCUGUGGGGAUCUAUGUUGAUAGAGGCACAUUACCCAGUGCCACUCAUAUGUUGAUGACAAGCACAACUUCAUAUCGCAUUGGGAUGAUUUUCUUCGGAGGGCAAGAUGACAGAGAGGCAUUAGCAUUCGCUAUUCGCAUGUCCAAAUGCCCCAAUGCAAGUCUCACCGUGGUUCACUUCGUUGAGACUGGCAAGAAAAACAAGACUAGUACAGACUCAGAGCUAGACCUGGAAAUGAUCAACGAGUUUCAGAUGGCUGCCAUGAAAAGUAACUGCGACGUUUACAAGGAGGAAGUGGUGAGGGAUGGUGUUGGAAUGGUUAGCGUGAUCCGAGAGGUAGAGAACUCAUUCGAGCUAAUCUUGGUGGGAAGGCGCCACCCUGCUAUUUCACUAUUGUAUAUGGGACUCGAAGAAUGGAAUGAGUUUCCCGAGCUAGGGUUUAUGGGGGACAUGCUGGUGGCAUCGGAUUCGAGCUGUAUGGUAUCAGUGUUGGUGGUGCAGCAACAAGAUCUUAUUGGCUCAGACAUGCUGGGUAGCCCUAAGUGUCUUGUGCAAGAUUCAUCUGCAGUUGUGGAUGUAUGCCCAGGGACAGUGUUAAAGUGUGGCUAACUCUAAUACAUAGGCAUUUAGUGUAAAAACAUAGCCUUAUCUUCCUUUGCAGAUUUCUGAUUUAGGCAGAGAAAUUGUUGUAAGAAUAUUUUAACUUCUUACCAGACCUAGGCAUAAAAUGUAAUAACAAAAAAAUUAAGGGCGGAUGCCCCACUGAGCCAACGGUAGAUCCGUCGUCCCUGUGCGUUCGGCUGCAUGGAAUUGGAGCCUUGAAAUU